CCGCCCCCUCCCUUCAGACCGGGGUGGGAGCUGCAAAUUUGUCAUCCCAAACUCUGCAGGCUCCAAAAGCCGAUUGAUUUGUUGCGGGGCCAGUUGAGGAGGACGAGGGAGACGGGCCAGGGAGGAAGGAGAAGCGGGUGGGUGCUGCCGGGGCACUCGGUGCCACCCAGAGAAGGUGGGCAAGGGGCUGCGUGCCCAUCAUCGGGGCAUCCAGGCUGCUGCGUGGGGAGAUGCCGCGAGAUCGCACGCUCCGCUUGGAGCACGGGAACCGCAUCGAGGCCCUGUGCGUGCUGGGCACCUGCAUCUCCGCCGAUGUCUACGGGGCGGCCCCAGCUGGAGCAGUGUCCUUCGGCGUGAAGCACACGGAGGGGGUGAGAGUAGAGGUGGUUUGCUGGGGCCAAGCAGAGGUCGGGUCAGCCAUCGAUAGCGGGACACGGUGGCCGCUGGAUGAGGGGACGGUCCUGAGGUUCAGCAUGAGCCGAGCCAGCACCGAGGUCAAUGACAACAAGGUAACUGUCAGCUUUUACGCAGAGGGAGGGCAGCACAUCAACCAGGCCGGGGUCUUCUUCACCGGCAUCGGGAUCUCGCUGGACGUCGAUGCGGAUCGGGAUGGCGUGGUGGAAAAGAACAACCCCAACAAGGCAACCUGGACCUGGGGUCCUGAGGGACACGGAGCCAUCCUGCUCGUUGGCUGUGACAAGGAGAGCCCCUUCACUCCAGCCUCAGACAGCAACAACGAAAGAGUAUUCAAUAAAGAAGAUUUGCUGGAUAUGUCACGGAUGGUCUUGAGGACCGAAGGGCCACAGCGCCUGCCCCGAGGGUACGAAAUUGUUCUCUAUAUUCCCGUCUCCGAUGCUGACAAAGUUGGGGUCUUUUAUGCUCAGAAUCCCUUCUUCGGGCAGCGCUACAUCCAUGUGCUGGGCCGGAGGAAGCUGCACCACACCGUGCAAUACACUGGUGGGACUGCCGAGCUCGACUUCUUCGUUGAGGGGCUCCGCUUUCCAGACGACAGCUUCCCUGGACUGGUCUCCAUCCACGUCAGCCUCCUGGAGACCCUUUCUGAGGGUAUCCCCCACACACCAAUCUUCACUGACACAGUUGUGUUCAGGGUAGCACCGUGGAUCAUGACGCCCAACACUUUGGCACCGGUGAACGUCUUCGUCUGCAGCAUGAAGGACAACUACCUGUUCAUCAAGGAGAUAAAAAACCUGGUGAACAAGGCUGGCUGUGAGCUGAAAGCUUGCUUCGGCUACAUCAACCGUGGGGACCGCUGGAUGCAGGAUGAGAUUGAGUUUGGCUACACCCACGCUCCCCACAAAAGCUUCCCGGUGGUGCUGGACUCCCCUCCAGAUGGAGGGCUGGAGCAAUUCCCCAUCAAGGAGCUGCUGGGCCCCGACUUCGGCUACGUGAGCAAAGAACCCCUCUUUGAAGCCAUCACCGGCCUUGACUCCUUCGGCAACCUGGAGGUCAGCCCACCUGUGACCGUGGCAGGGAAGGAGUAUCCCUUGGGGAGGAUCCUCAUUGGCAGCAGCUUCCCCACAUCUGUAGGGAGGAGAAUGACCAGAGUGGUGCGGGAUUUCCUCUACGCCCAGCAAGUGCAGGCUCCCGUGGAGCUCUACUCCGAUUGGCUGUCCGUGGGCCAAGUCAGUGAAUUUGUCACUUUUGUGCCCACCUCCGAUGCAAAGCGAUUUCGGAUGCUGAUGGCCAGCCCGGCGGCGUGCUACAAGCUCUUUCGGGAGAAGCAGAAGGAGGGCCAGGGCGAAGCCACCAUGUUCAAAGGGUACUCAGGGACAGACACGAAACGGGUCACCAUUAACAAGGUCCUUUCCAACGACAUCCUGGUGCAGCAGAACCACUAUGUCCAGCGCUGCAUCGACUGGAACAGGGACAUCCUCAAGAAGGAGCUGGGUUUGACAGAGGAGGACAUCAUCGACCUGCCGGCCCUCUUCAAGCUCGACAAGCAGGGCAAAGCCGUGCCAUACUUCCCCAACAUGGUCACCAUGAUCGUCCUGGCCAAGGACCUGGGCAUCCCCAAACCCUUUGGCCCCGUGAUGGGGGGCGAAUGCUGCCUGGAACGACAGACUCGCUCCCUCCUGGAGCCCCUGGGCUUGCGCUGCCGCUUCCUCGAGGACGUGGCCUCCUACCACGGCAGCCUUGGGGAGGUCCGCUGUGGCACCAAUGUCCAGCGACGGCCCUUCACCUUCAAAUGGUGGCACAUGACACCAUAGAGGGGCGUCCUUCUCCCUCCGCAGUCACCCUCGGUGGCUUCUUCAGCGUGUGUUGCUUGCGAUUCAGUCAAUAAACAGAUUUGCUGUGAGGAAAGAGGUGAUAAAUGAAAUAAUGAGGGAUAAUUAGGAGAGAAAGGGAGGGAAGCCCUCUCGGAGAGUGGGGGGGACACAUGCCAUUUCAUAGAAUCAUAGAAUCGCUUGGUUGGAAAAGACCUUGGAGACCGUAGAGUCCAAUUGUCCCUGUCUGCUACUGAACCAUCCCUGAGCACCUCCUCUGCCCGGCAUUCAACCCCUUCCAGGGAUGGGGACUCCACCGCCUCCCUGCGCAGCCUCUGCCAGAGCCUGAGAACACCUUCAGUGAAGGAAUUUUUCCCACUAUCCAAUCUGAACCUCCCCUGGAGCAACGUGAGGCCAUUUCCUCCCAUCCCAUGGCUGUCCCUCAGGAGCAGAGCCCAGCACCCACCUCCCCACAACCUCCUCUCAGGAGCUGCAGAGAGCCAUGAGCUCUCCCCUCAGCCUCCUCUUCUCCAGGAUAAACAGCCCCAGGGCCCUCAGCCGCCCCCACAACCCCUGUUCUCCAGACCCUUCCUCAGCUCCAUUCCCUUCUCUGGAUGCGCUCCAGCCCCUCCAGGUCCUUCUGGGAGUGAGGGGCCAGAACUGAACCCAGGAUUCGAGGUGUGGCCUCCCCAGUGCCGAGUGCAGGGGGACGAUCCCUUCCCUGCUCCUGCUGCCACCCCAGGGCUGAGCCAAGCCAGGAUGCUGGUGGCCCUCUUGGCCACUGGGGCCACCACUGGCUCAUGUUCAGCUACUGUUGACCAGCACCCCCGGGUCCUUCUCCUCCAGGCAGCUUUCCAGCCGUUCUUCCCCAAGUCCGGAGCUGCACAGGGUUGUUGUGAAAAAAGGGCAGGACCCGGCACUUGGUCUUGUUGAACCUCAUUCCCCUGGUCUCAGUCCAUGGAUCCCACCUGUUUGGAUCCCUCUGCAGAGCCUCCAUCCCUUCUAGACUCUGGAUCCAGACUGUCCCCAUCCCUCUGCAGAGCCUUCUCACCCUCCAGCCCAUGGAUCCGACCCCAGACCCCUCUGCA